AUGUCGGUCAUUGGCUGGUGACACAGUCACUCCAAGUCGCUGGAAUUUCCGGUAAAUAUUGCGGGAAAACUCAAGUGUGACAAGAAGUACGGUAUACAAGCGCAAUCGUUUUGUUAUCAAGUGCGCAAUUUACAGUCGUUCAUUCGUAGACGGAAUGAGAACUUUAGAGGAGGUUCAGGCAACGCUUGAGAUCGCAAAACUCAAAGAGGAAGAUUUGCAGUCUGUUACACAUUGCUUGUCUUUUGGAGAAAAUGUGUCGUCUGGGGACUACUGCCUCAUGGAACUGGACGAAACGCUUUGUAAACACAUUGAAGCUGGGAAGAGCCUUGUCAUCAGAGGGGACAAAGAUGAGCAUACGAUUCUAUGCAGUGAAGACAAAACAUACGACCUCAAGAUAGCAGACACAUCCAACCUGCUUCUGUUUCUACCGGGAUGUAAGACUCCGGAUCAGACGAAGGAAGCGUCAACGGAUACUCAGCUUGUCCAUGCUGAGAUAUGGGGGUUCUCCAACUGCUACUGGGAGCUGAAGCAGCAGCGACCAAAGCUGAAGAAGUUGAAGAAACUUCUAAUGGAACGCCCGUAUGAGGGCCCAACUCUGCGCACAGAGGAAGCCCCUGAACAAAUGUUCUCCACAGCUGACCUCCUUGAAACGAUCCAAGCAAGUAAAGAGGAGCUUGUUUCCCAUCUUCAACAAAUUGACGCUUGUGAGAUAGAUGGCUUCUGGAGAAUUUUGGAUUUUGAUUAUGAGAUGAAGCUGUUGGGCCAUGUAACUCAGCUAGUGGACUCUGAGUCUUGGUCAUUCAGUGAAGUUCCUCUGACUAUUUGUCUUCAGGAACUUGUUGGUCUGGAGCCAAAAGAAAUGAUAGAGCAUUGCUUGAACUGUUACGGAAGGCGGUACACAGCAGAAGAUGGUGAGGUGCGUUUUUCUCUGGAUGAGGAUAAGAUCUGCCGGGCCACAGCCCAGCUGCUCUUGCAGAACGCGGUGAAGUUCCACUUGAGGGAGUUCCAGGAGAUCUGGCAGCAGAGCGUUCCUGAGGGGAUAAGCACAAAGCUGGACCAGCUCAAGGGUUUGGCACUGGUAGACCGCAGCACGAGACCGGAAACUAUAUCUCUUUUGAGGGUGGAGGACCUACCAGAGGACACCCUGGAGCGCUUCAACUGCCUCUUCAGUAUGAGAGAGAAGUGGACUGAGAAUGACAUUGCCCCCUACAUUCAGGAUCUAUGUGGUGAAAAGCAGACAACUGGAGCCCUUCUGACAAAAUUUGCACGUUGUUCAAUGCAAAAUGGCUCCAAAGUGUACAACUCUAGAAGACCUGUGGCAACCUGAAGUGGGAAGAAUGCCUGUUCACCACCUCACCAAGAAGAUACAUUUUACAUUUUGUAUCGCCUUUAUGUAUAUUAUCGGUUAUGUAUAUUAUCUG